AUGUACAAAUUCUUGGUUAUUUUCGCUUUGGCUGCUGUGGCUUCAGCUGCUCCUGGUUUUAUCAGCUCUCCAGUUGUUAAAACCAUUUCCAGCCCUGUUGUGCAUACUUAUGCCGCUGCUCCUGUGACUAUUUCUAGUCCCCUUGUUCACACUUACGCCAGUGUUCCUGUUGUCAAAACUAUCUCUACACCUGUAGUUCAUAGCUAUGCUGCUGCUCCUGUUUUCAAGACAGUUCAUAAUUAUGCUGACGUUCCUGUUGUUAAAACUUUCGCUACUGCUCCUUUAGUUCACUCAGUACCAGUUGUACACUCUGCACCGUUAGUUAAGACAAUCCUGACUCCAGUUUCCUUUACCAAGUACCUGCAUUAA